UAGAGCGAUUUGGAUUGUCCGAGGUUCAAGGUUGAGCUGGUUUGAGAUUCUGUUCAGCAGAAGUUGAUCGAGGAGAAAUCAAAAACAGUAGCCGACUGCAGACUGGUAACCGCUGGCCACUUUGAAUACGACUGGGCGCGCUUCUACGAUUGAAACGCUCGCUGGGGUUGGAGGCGAUCGCUAGCUGUCGUAGCGUAACCGGCAACUAAGCUCGUCUCGGGACGCACAGAUCAUACACGAUAACACGACGAAGUGUCCCCCUCCCCUCCAGCCCAUGGAUGUCACCAUUUGGUGCAUAUGUGCGCAGUGAUCCAUGUCCGGUGAGGCCAUCAAUUACCGUCUGCCCUGCUAGUUGCAGCGAUAUGGUGACCGAUCUGGAUCAACAAAAUAUAGGCUGCAUUGCAUCGCUACAUUGCUGGCUAACGAUUAAAGAAGAAGAAAAACAGCUCCAGUUCCAAUGGCCUGGAUGGGAAUCGUGUUGUGAUGGGAUCGAUCUGGAAUCGAAUCCAUUCUUCGCUGGAUGGGUAUAAAACGUAAAGCCAAAGGUGCCGAUACGACACAAAUCGUGGCGUAGGCAUACGUAGCGCAACACUGGUCCAUCGUUCAACCAUCUCGAGCGAUAUAUCAUGCCUCGCACGAUCGUUCGUAAGGACACCCGGUGUUGGUGGUGGCGGCACCCGGUAGCGUUGCUACUGAUAACGGUACCGUUCGCGCUCAUCAGCCAACCAUCCAACCAGACAACGGUGACCGGUUCCCUGGUGCACACGCUAGCCCUGGAGACGAACGAUCUGCUAGGCACCUGUCUCAGCCGCAACGGAUCCCGGUGGGAGUGUUUACGCAACGAAACACUGACGAUGGUGGAACAGCUGGCGAGAAGCGAACGCAUCAUGCUGCUCCGUGGCAUCAAUCUGGUGCGAACCGAUGCCCCCAACGGUCUUCCACCAGCGGCUUCAUUCAACGGCCGAACCGUACGGAACGAUCUGGAGGACGUCGAUGGCGACGGGAAGCUGCAUCGUACCGGUGCAUGGAGUGCCACGGUCCUGGAUGCACUGCGGCGCAUUCUUCGAACCCACCUACUGGAGAUCAACCUAGGGAAUAAUGCGGACGACGGCAACCGGCCCCAAUCGCCAGCAGACGAAAUGCAGCUCCUCACCGUCCGCUUCACCGGAAAGCCCUUCACCAUCGAGCAGCAGCAGCAGCAGCAGCAGCCCGUCGAAGGACGGAACAGACGCCGGCAGCAGAUGAUACCGAUGAUGAUCUUCGGCGUGACGGUGUUCGGUAUGUUCAUCGUACCGAUCGCCUUCCAGUUUCUGACCGCCCUCAGCGGCAAAGCGUUCCUGAUGGCGAAGCUGGCCCUGCUGCUAGCCUCCAUUAACGGUCUUAAACGGGUGGCUUCGACCGGGGUGCACUAUGGGCUGUACCAUGCAGUGGACCACUACCCAUCACCACAUCACCAUCCUGGCGGCGGCGGCGGCCCUCAUCCACACUUCGGGCCCGGCGGUCCACUGCUGUACGAUCGUGCGGAGGUUUACGGUGAAGGACCGCGCCAUGCUGGCGCUACCACACCCUAGGGACCUAAAGGGAGUAGCGGAAGCCGAAGCGCUCGCAGUCUGUGCAGUACAGCGUAAACACAUACACAUUCCGACACACACACACACACUGCGUCAAUUAACAAUGCACUAAUGGAAGAUUCUCU